AUGGCUACAGAAGCUGCUUCUGCAUCCUCGUCCGCCUCGGAAUCUUCUGAAAAGUCUGAAGCAAUCAAGAAAGCUUCAGAGUUAUUAGCUCAGGGGAAGCGCAACAUGGUUUGUGGUGAAAUACCAAAAGCUGUCAGCUUUUACGAAGAGGCUGUACAGCUCUUAGUCAAGUCUUGUGGGGAACUGUCCAGAGAUUGUGCUGAUGCUUACUAUAGCUGUGGUUCUGCCCUUUUGGAGCUGGGCAGGAUGGAGACUAGUGUUCUAGGAGCUGCUCUAGACGGUGCGGAUACACAACCAGGAGAUGGAUCAGAAGUGGAUAAGACAGAGACAGAUGCAUCUGAAGUUAGCAAGCAGAAGACAGUUGUUGAUAAAGAUAUAUCACAGGAAACAAUGGAAGGUGUGGAGUCAACAGUUACUGCUGCUGCUAGCAAAGAAGAGGAAAGUGGAUCAGCUGAACCUGGAAACAAAUCUGCUGAUGAUGUCCCUAAUUUCCAGUUGUCAUGGGAGUACCUAGAUCUAGCAAAAGUAAUUUAUCUGAAGUCUGAUGCAGCAGCUGAUCAACUGAAGGCAGCAGAAUGUUACAUCAGACUAGGAGAACUAAGCAUGGAGACAGAGCAACACGCAACUGCAGCUGAAGACCUGGAGAAUGCCUUGAAGAUUCAGCAGAAAUUGCUCCCGGCAGAUGACAGACUGAUUGCAGAAACUCACUACCAACUAGGCCUGGCUUAUGGGCUGGGCAAAGAAUUUGAGCUGGCCAUCAAACACUACACAGAGGCUAUUGGUGUUAUUGAAGCCAAGAUUGUCUCUCUAAGCAAGCUUGUCGAGGAGGCAGCAGCUGAUGAUGAUGAUAAAGAAAAACUAGAAAGUGACCAGGUGAAAAAAUACCAGGAUGAGAUUAAGGAACUGCAAGAACUUCUACCUGAGAUGAAAAACAAGAUUGAAGACUCCAGAGAAGAGGCCAAGGACAUGGAGAAAAUGAAGAACAUGGCAAAGGAACUCUUGGGAUUCUCAGGAUCUUCAACGAAAUUUGGUUCUCCUACCAAGAAAAGUGAACCUCCCGCCAGUGAUAAAAGUGCUGAAGUUGAUGAAAAUGGGCAGAGAAAAGCCACUGACAUUGCUCAUCUGGUCAGGAAAAAGAGGAAGCCGGACAACGAUGAGCCACCAGUGUCUAAUGGUCAGGAGUCCAAGAAAAUCAAACAAGGCGACAGUUCCAGGGAAACUUCUACUGAUGUCAAGACUUCAUCUCGGAUGGAUGCCAGUGGAAGUGAUGACAAGUUGGAUGCUGAACAAAACGUAGCCACAGCAAGUGACUGA